CUUAGUUUAGUUCAUGCCGUUCAUGGUUAGUGCUGGAAUGACAUUUUUCUGUCCUUGUAUUGUGACAUCAAAAAAACUGUCUUAAGUAAGUUUACGUCAGAAAUUUUCAUAUCACCACUUCACAAUCACCGACUUUUAACGUGAAGUCUUUUAAAUGACCUUAGGGUGAUAGUGUUCAGUUUUGAGACCCUCUACAGAGUAGUGCCACAAACAUUGUGAAUUAUUUCAGCUGGGAAUUAAUAAUUAUAUCUUGGAAGCAAAAUGUUCAGAACGGUCCUCAAAAGUGAUGCCGCGAAAGAAGUUGUCAAAAAAGCUAUUAAAACUCAAACUGUAAGAAACAUUGCUGUACAGAGCAUCAGGAACAAGCAGUGUCACAGGACACUACUAUAUGUCACAAAUAAUCUACUUCUUAACCCUUCUAAAUAUGCUGAAGAGAGUCUUAAAAGGUAUUAUGCCAAUAAUUUGCCUUCACACAUUAGGGUUGCACUUCCUGCAUUGUCUCCUACUAUGGAAUCAGGCACUAUUAUCAGCUGGGAAAAGAAAGAGGGUGACAAACUUAAUGAAGGAGACCUUUUAGCUGAAAUUGAAACUGAUAAAGCAACUAUGGGUUUUGAAACCCCUGAAGAGGGUUAUUUGGCAAAGAUCCUCAUUCCGGCAGGCACUAAAGAUGUUCCAAUCGGGAAACUGGUGUGUAUAAUAGUAGAAAACGAAGCCGAUGUUGCUGCCUUCAAAGACUUUAAAGAUGAUUCAGCUUCUGGUCUAACAGCACCGAAACCGUCAGCCUCGACUCCUGACGCUCCAUCUCCGACUGCAGCAGCGCCAGCAGCACAGUCAGAUGCUGGAGGAGCAGCACAGUCAGAUGCUGGUGGUAGAGUGUAUGCUAGCCCCAUGGCAAAACGGCUGGCGGAGCAAAGAAAUAUUAGGCUUCAAGGAAAAGGUACAGGAUUAUUUGGAUCUCUUACCUCCUCAGAUUUGGGAGCCUUAGCCAGUCAAGCUGGAACAGCGGUAGCAACGCCAUCACCGACAAGAGCUGGUUCUCCAACUCCCAGCCAUACUGGGCCUGCAAUGCCUGCAGCAGCUCCAUCUGGUCCUGGAACUUUUAUUGACAUUCCAGUGUCCAGUAUGCGCAAAACCAUUGCUAAACGCCUUCUGGAGUCUAAACAACAAAUUCCCCACUACUACCUCAGUCAAGAAGUAAACGUAGAUGCACUACUGAAAAUCCGAUCAAAAUACAACAAGAAAUUAGAAAAAUCUGGCGUAAAACUAAGCGUUAACGAUUUCAUUAUCAAAGCUGUAGCUAUUGCCAGCCAGAAGGUCCCAGAAGCAAACUCUCACUGGUUGGAUUCUGUGAUGAGACAGUAUAAAAAUGUAGACGUGAGUGUCGCUGUAUCCACGGAUAAAGGUUUGAUUACACCCAUCGUAUGGGAGGCAAAUAACAAAGGUGUAGUUCAGAUCAGUAAAGCUGUAAAGGAAUUAGCUUCUAGGGCUAGAGAUGGAAAGCUUCAACCUCAGGAAUUCCAAGGUGGUACUAUAAGUGUGUCAAAUUUAGGAAUGUUUGGAACAUCGAACUUCUGUGCAAUUAUAAACCCUCCGCAGAGUGCUAUUCUAGCGAUCGGAACCACUGUUACUCGCCUGAUUCCUGAUGAGACUAAAGAAAAAGGAUUCAGAGAAGCCCAGUUCCUAACAGUUACUUUAAGCUGCGACCACAGAGUGGUUGACGGAGCUGUUGGCGCCAGGUGGCUUCAAGUAUUUAAAGAAUGUAUGGAAGAUCCCGUUGCGAUGAUUCUGUAAGGCCACAAGGCUUGAAUCUAUGAAUUUAUUUCGGAAGUUCUAAGUGAGAGAUUCGAAGCUGACUUUUUUCCUAAUUUUAUUUAAGUCUUUUAUUAAUGUCCUUGCUAUAGUUUGUCUCUCAUUUACCAUUAACCUAAUUGUUUUUUAAAUGUAUUAAAUGUAAUAUAAUAGACAGUUCUUGUGGUAGAUAA